ACAAUAAUAUUGUAAUAUCGAGGAGUUUAGAAGCAUAAGGAUGAAAGAAAAAAUGUUUUUUGUAAAGUGAAAAUAAAAAAUGAACAAAAAGAAUGAAGAUGUAUCUAGGAAAAUUAGGUUGGAAAAAUUACAAGAAUUAAAUCAAAAUACAUUAGGAUAAAGUCAUAAUGUUAUGACAACAUAGAUUCACAUGAACAUAAAACAUUAAAAAUAAUUAUCCAUCAAUAUGUGGCCCGCACUGGAAAAUGUUUAGGCACCCCUGAACUAACCCGCUAACCAAGUGACUCACUUACUAACUAACCAACAGAGUGACUAAUGAACCAAAUGACUGAUUGGCCAAGCAACUAACUAACUAACCAACUGACUGACAGGCCAACCACAUAAUGAGCUAACAAACCUCUUACUAAUCAACUGGCAAAAUAAGUGAUCAAGCGACCAACUGGGUAACUAACCGACUAACUAACCAACCCACUGCAACUAAGAACAAGCAUCAACCAUAAGGUAGACAUUAAGGUUGGAAAGCGGUGCCGUUUGUAAUGAAACAGAUAAAGCUGACAUUGAAAAGGAGAGACAAAAGGUCAAAGGCCAGGAUGUCCUAUACAUGAAAAUAUGUCGACAUUGAUUUCCUCCAACUUUGAUUUUCUACAUUUCUACAGUCUGUUUCAUGUAUCACUGUUGUGCGCUAAUACUUAUGUGUGCUGUGUAAUCCAAUUCAUCCCGUACUAGUCAUAAAACAAUAUCUACCCCGUCCAACUCUAUGAUCGUGAUGAGAGCUGGACCCUUGCUCACUCUUGAUUGGGUCCAGAAGGAAAAGAGCUUUGAACAGCACCACCAUGGCGGCAACACCAGAGAAAAGUUCUCUUUGGAUUCCUGACAGCUUGUCUCCCCCCCCCUCUUCCUCCCUCCUCUUCAUCCCUCCCUGUUGUCGCACAUCUGGAGCGCGUCGAGCACACUUCUCGCCUGCUAUGGACGGCGUGCAUGUGGACUGAAGCUGAAGGCUGAAGUAGAAGAAGACUGCUGCAUGCUUGUUGAGCUCUCAGCAUCGAGCAUGGCCUUUCCCAAGCAUUCCAUCCCGCAGGCUCUCAGUGUACUGGUCCUGGCCGGGCUGUUGGUUCUGGGCCAGGUCCCAGUGGAACAAGAGGCAGAGGAGCCAGUGACGCAGCCUGAUAUCGCUGUGGCGAAAUCGGAUCCCAAAUGCCCGGCGGAUUGCAGCUGCACGGCCGAGGGGGCGGUGGACUGCGCCGGAGUGGACCUCACCGAGUUCCCUGGCGAGCUGCCGGACACGACCCACCAACUGGCACUACAGAACAACAAAAUCGAGGAGAUAAGAGUGGAGCACCUUUCCCACCUCCACCAGCUUGAGACGCUCAACCUGCAGAACAACUGGCUCACCACUGAUGGCCUGGAAGAUGAAGGCUUUGAGAUGUUGGAAGAACUGGCUUACUUGUACCUGGCCAACAACAAGCUAACCUCAGCGCCAAAAGUCUUACCGCCUUCUUUGGUCAGCGCCGACUUCGCUGCCAAUCAACUGACCAAGAUCUUCCCAUACACGUUUGGCUACAAACCAAAGCUGAGGUCUGUGUAUCUCCACAACAACAAGCUAGCGGAUGCCGGGCUUCCUGAUCACAUGUUCAAUGGUUCUGACAAUCUGGAAAUCCUCACCAUGUCCAGCAAUUUCCUGCGGACCGUCCCCAAGAACCUGCCCCCCACCCUGUACCGUCUUCAUUUGAAGAGCAACAAGCUGGAGAAGAUCCCCGCUGGAGCCUUCGACAGCAUGCCGAACCUCCGCGAGCUAUAUCUUCAGAACAACCUCCUCAGCAACGACGGCAUGGACAACGAGACCUUCAGCCUCUUGAACAGCCUGGAGUGUUUGGACUUGUCCAACAACAACCUAAGCGUGGUGCCCAAAGGUCUGCCUCGCAACCUGGUGCUGCUGCACCUGGAGAAGAACUCCAUCCGCAGCAUCCCUGCGGAUGCUCUCAUUUCUGUUCGGAAUCUGGAGUAUCUUCUUCUGCACAAUAACAAACUGCGUUCACGUUUCAUCCACCCGGCUGCCUUCCAGGGCCUAAAGAAGCUUCACACUCUUCACAUGUACAACAACCUGCUGGAGCGGGUCCCCAGGGGCUUGCCCCGGCGGGCGAAGACCCUCAUGCUGCUCCACAACUCCAUAGCGGAAAUCGGCCGCAACGACCUGGCGCUGCUUUACACGCUGACAGAACUCAACCUCAGCUACAACCAGCUGAGUAACAGCAAGCUCCACCGAGAUGCCUUCAGGAAGCUGCGUCUGCUGGAGACCCUCGACCUGUCAGGGAACGCGCUCCACUCACUGCCGGCGGGCCUUCCUCGCAGCCUGAAGGUGCUGGAGGUCAAAAACAACCGUCUGAGCUCCAUAGAGGACGGUGCUCUGACGGGAAUGGACAAGCUGCAGAAGCUCAUCCUAAGUGAGAACGAGCUGAGACUCAACUCCAUCUACCAGGGGGCUUGGAUGGAGCUGAGUGCGCUCACUACAUUGGACCUGUCUGCUAACCAGCUAUCACACAUUCCCUCUGACUUGCCUGAGUCUCUGGAGUACCUCUACCUGCAGAAGAACCGUAUCUCCAGCAUCCCCGCCUCUGCCUUUGAAGGAACACCCAAUAUCAAAGGCAUAUUCCUGCGGUUCAACCGGCUGUCGGUGGACGCCGUGGACGAGAGCUCCUUCGCUCAUCUGUCCAACCUGCAGGUGCUCGACAUCGGCGGGGGGACUGCCGACGUCCCAUUCAGGAGAAUGGAUAUGGACGGAGAGGAGGAGACAGAGGAAGAGGAGGAGACAUCAUAAAGGGAGGGACUUUGAGUUUGUGUUUAGAGUGGCAGCAUACCUGAGGAUGGUCCAGGACAGUUUUCUGGUGCAGGAUACCAGAUGAAGUUUGUGUCCUCGUCUGGGCUUUUGGGACUAGCUUGUCCUUCUAGCUGAGCUUCAUGAGAAUCAAACAUGUGAGCAAAAGUUUGCUUUGCGUCCGUCUAACAGCAUAUAAAUACAUGACAACAACACAACAACUGUCACUUCUUUUGUCUGUCAGAGGCACAACAACACGUAGUGACACAACAUUAACGUCUAUAAAAUAUACAAUAACAUUUUUCAUUGUAGUGCAUCCACACUCAUUCAUUCAUUUACAAUGGUUAUUACCUGACCUUAAUUUCAAUUCUAUUUGAAUAAACAUCAUGCAUGACACAUCAUAUGUUGUCAUGACGUGCACUUUAAUUGGUU